AUGGGGCGCUUUAGCUGGUUAACGGAGGGUUCGAGUAGCUCUGACCAGCUGGCUACUCGAAGCUCUGCUAGGGUAGUCAGUAAGGACGAAGAAGAUGUGAGUUCUCAUACCAGUCGAGAUAUAAGCUAUGGAAUACCGAGCAGAUGCUACUGCGGUUCGUUAACUCCGCUGAAAAUGAUGGACCAUACGGACAAGCAUCCAGGGCGGAUAGGCGAUUUCGUUGUCUCCGCCGAAUACACAACCGCCGUCUCCACCGAUUACACAACCCGCUGUCUCCGCCGAUUACACAACCCGCUGUCUCCGCCGCUUACAGAACCCGCUGCCGCCGGUUUCCAGAUCUUCGUUGGCGUUAGGCGUUGGGAUUUCGCGAACAACAGGAUGUCAAAGCCGACAUUCCCCAGGAGAUUCUACACCAAAGGAGGCGAUCCGGACGCAGGGAAAAGCAUUUCCAGGUGUAGCAAGAACACCAAGCUCUUCGAUAGUCUCCGAAAGCUCCUCACCGACGACGAAUGGAAUGAAAUCAGUGACUCCAGGAUUGGUAUCUUCCUAAAGUUCCGUGACCUUCAAUUCGAGUGGGCUUCACGGAUUGCGCAUGCCAUGCUCUGUUUCCAGGUUGUAUGCAAGAAGAAGUAUGAGAUAUGGAGCGCUGUGGGGGCAAAUCCGAUAAGAUUCUCAUUGCACGAGUUCUCAGCCAUCACCGGCCUCAACUGCGAGUAUGUUGAGAACCUAGAGACACCUGAUGCUCCAGCAACGGAUGCCGUGUGCGAGUUCUGGGAGAGGUUGGGUGUCAACGUCGAGGUAGGGCCUAGCAUUGACCAGCUGGCUGAAGCUUGUGAGUGGGCAGGCGAGUGGCCAAGGGAGGAUAAGCUUAGAUUGGGCUACCUAGCCAUAUACGCAGGCUUCAUUCAGGCCCGUAGAUCCGCUGCCGAGACACCUGUCAAGCUAGCUAGGCUUGUGUUGGAUUUGGAGAAGUUUGAGGAAUACCCGUGGGGCCGAGUUUGUUUCUUGCAGCUCAUCAAGUCCAUUAAAGGAGUGGAUUUGGAGAAGUCGGGUUAUGUGCUGGAGGGUUUCAUCGAGGUUCUCCAAAUUUGGGCUUUUGAGAGCAUGCCGAAUUUUGCAGAGAAAUACGGUGCUCCUCUGCCAUCUAAACCAUCACCACCGCUCCUUGCGUACAAGGGUAUUCAAGGCAAAAGGUACAUCGCGGAGGCAAUGCUGAAGCAGGUUGUUUUUAAAAACUGUGAGCUAGUCGAUAGGGAAGAAGUUUAUCCACGCUGGGAUGAUGAUGUAGAAGAUUUGUACGUCGACAACAUCAUCAAGGCAAUCUACGGGGAGUUAGGUGGUCGGUGGAGGUGGAAGCCAAGCGACUGGGACGAGGAAGGUGUCUUGGUCUCCAAUCACCCGCGAGUGGACGUGAAGCCUCCAAUAAAAGUGGAGGCUAGUUUCACAGAUUCGAAGAAGAGACCUCGUCCUACUCCUCCAUCGAACUAUGAUGAUAUCGAGGAGACGAUUGCAGAGUUGCUGGUGGAGCGUAGUGUGAAGCAGCUGAUGGAUGUAAGGCUUCAGGAGCAGCGUAGAUCCGACGAUCCCUCUCCCAAAAAAGAUGAGACCGGCGCCGGUGAAGAUGUGACCGGCGCCAAAGAAGCUAAAACUGCUCAACCGGUUAGUACUGAUCCCUCUCCCAAAUCUCCCAACUCUUCUAAAGUGCAAGAUAAGCGUAAAGUGCAAGUUAAGCGUAAAGUGCAACUUAAGCCUGACCAGGAUAGGGUCCUUCGACCUAGAAAAUUGAAGACCAAGUAG